AUGGGAUUCUUCGGUCGCCGCCCUCGGGCCCCAGACGAGACAGCCGUCGGACCGACAGACACCACCACCACCGCUCCACCCGUCCAAGAGCUCUCCAAGGAACAAAUCAAACGCGCCACACGCACCCGCAAAACCUGGGCCCUACUCACCUCCUUCUUUCUCUUCAUCGCCGUCAUCUUCCUUAUCCUCGUCAACAUCGGUGGCGUAAGCAAUAGGCCAGUCAUCCGGGACUGGUACUUUAUCCGGCUCGACCUGAGUGAAGUCGUGCCGGCCAGUGUACCCAACUUUGCCCUCAUCAAUACGAUUGCGCAGACAUUGGGGCUCCAUGACUUCUAUCAGGUCGGCAUGUGGGGGUAUUGCGAGGGCUACGAAGGGCAAGGUGUAACGUUUUGCUCCGAGCCAGAGACGCUGUAUUGGUUUAAUCCGGUCGAGAUUAUUAGCAAUCAGUUGCUUGCUGGGGCGUCGAUUAACCUUCCCGCCGACAUCAACGACAUCCUCGAGCUCAUCAAACUCGCCUCCCAAUGGAUGUUCGGCCUCUUCUUAACCGGCACCCUUCUCUCCUUCGUCCUCAUCUUCCUCAUGCCCAUAUCCGUCUACACCCGCUGGCUCACCCUCUUCGUCUCUCUCCUCGCCCUGCUUAACGCCCUCAUCGUCACCGCCGCAGCCGUCAUCGCUACCGUCAUGUUCAUCAUCUUCCGCAACACCAUUGGCGGUGUCCAAGAACUCAACAUUGGCGCAGACGUUGGCACCACCCUGUUUGCUUUUAUGUGGAUUGCAAGCGCGUUUGCCAUCUUCGCCGGUCUCGUUCAGGUGGGCCUGUGCUGCUGCUGUGCGAGUCGUAGGGAUGUCAAAAAGGGGAAGAAGAGGGGCAGUGAAAAGGCGUAUCAGCUUGAGGAUGGGUCGGCGCUGAGGGAUAGUAGGCCUGUGGCUGCUGAUGUGCCGAGGAGGCGGUACUAUCUGUUUUGGAAACGUGCUUAG